AAAUACGCAUACAGAGAUUCAGUAUAUGUAACUUACAUCGAUAUGCCAAUACCAUUCUCCAGUUUUCUUAUGUUCUUUACCAUCGUCACGAGCUUCCUCGUAAUUUUAGCAACAUCGGCUUCACGGCUUCAUCCAGAUGAAUCGAAGGCGCUUAAGGAGAUAGCUACUACACUUGGUAUCAAGGGAUUGGACCUCAAAUCUGAAGAUCCUUGCACUAUGAGCCGUCUAAAGUUUGAUUUUGUUCGGACUGUUGGUGAUGAUGUUAACAACACCAUUAAAUGUGGACGCUGUGACAACAUGAUGACAUGUCAUAUUACCGACAUAUCUCUCAAGAACAUGAAUCUUCCUGGGAAACUUCCGCCUCAGUUAGUGAAGCUUCGGUAUCUCCAGUCCAUGUAAGUUCGGAGUUUUCACACAGGUAACUAUAAGAAAAUAGCAACAAAGCAUAUUUUACUUAUAAAAUUAGCCAUUAUUAGUUUACCAAAAAUAAUUAGCCAUUAUUGUACAAUAUUAAGAAAUUAGCCAUUUGGUGUUACAAAAAAAAAUUAGGAUAAACAAGUGUUUUCACACAGUGAUGUAUGCUGCUACUUUGGAAUUUUAAAUGUAUUAUGCUAGAUUUGAAAAAUGUUUUAGGUUAUUCAUUUUUAUAUUACCAAUCGAGAAUUAGUUAUAUUAAGAAGUACACAAAAAAAAUUGUAUUAAUAAAAAUAUGUCUAAAAGUUUACUGCAGAAAUUUAUCAAAAUGUUUUUUUAUUUUUUGUAAACUAUCAAAAUGUUUUUUUUUUCCUCUGAAAAAUAUUAUUAAACGUAACCAUAACCAUAAUACAAAGCGGGCGGUUUAUCAAAAUCUUGAAAUCGAAAGUCAGGGGACGAAAGAGAUGUUCCCACAGACAGCCCACACAAACGAAACGAAAAGACACACUUGCAGACUAAAGCAAACCAUAACUAAGAACGAGAACUAAUUGAAACCCAAAAACGUUUUGAGACGAAUUAGCAUGCAAUCUUUAAGCGAGAUUCUUUGCAAAAAUACAGUCAUCAAAAGAUAUUUACAAUUGUAAACGCAAACACAAAAUGUUACUGGAAAGUCAACUUC